AUGUCACAAAGAAUUGCUGAAGUGAUUUCAAAGAUUGCAUUACCUGCUGGUGUUGCAUUUGCAUUGGCACAAUCAUCCAUGUACGAUGUUCCUGGAGGCAAACGUGCCAUCAUUUUUGAUCGUUUAAAAGGUGUGGAGCAAUCGGUAAUUGGUGAGGGAACCCACUUCCUCAUACCUUGGUUACAAAAGGCAGUUUUAUUCGAUGUAAGAAUUAAACCAAAAGUCAUUACAACCACCACUGGCUCAAAAGAUUUGCAAAAUGUGUCAAUCACAUUGCGUGUAUUGACCAGACCAGAUGUGCCUAGAUUGCCCAUAAUUUAUCAAACUUUGGGUUUAGAUUAUGACGAAAGAGUCUUACCCGCAAUAGGUAAUGAAAUAUUAAAAGCUAUUGUCGCUCAAUUUGAUGCUGCCGAGUUGAUAACUCAAAGAGAAGUUGUUUCAGCAAGAAUUAGACAAGAGUUGUCAAGAAGAGCUAAUGAGUUCAAUAUUGAAUUAGAAGAUGUUUCUAUCACGCAUAUGACCUUUGGUCGUGAGUUUACCAAAGCUGUCGAACAGAAACAAAUCGCUCAACAAGAUGCAGAAAGAUCGAAAUACCUCGUUGAAAAAGCAGAACAAGAAAAGAAAGCCAGUAUCAUUAGGGCCGAGGGAGAAGCUGAAUCUGCCGAUGUCGUUUCAAAAGCUUUAGCCAAGGCGGGUGAUGGUUUAUUAAUGAUUAGAAGGUUAGAGGCUUCCAAAGACAUUGCUAGUACAUUGGCAGGCUCACCCAACAUUACUUAUUUACCAAGUAAUGGAGAUGGUGGCGAUGGUGGUGCUGAAGGUGCCAAAAACUCUCUUUUGUUGAAUUUGGGUCGUUAA